AUGGUGUCGAUCGCCGGCAUUAUUGGGUUCCUGAGAAGAACGCGACGGGGUUGCGUUCUAACCGCUCCCGGCAAUUGCCAGCAGAUUUGUGGAAAGGCCCUGGCGAUCAUUGUCCUCGCCGGUGGAUCCGCGGACGAGAAGCCGAGACUAUUCGCGCCGGCAUCCCAUGAGAUUUGGGAACUGUCAAGAUUAGCUUUUCUGCACUCCACCUGCUACGAUAUGCGGUCGGCACGCUGGGGCGCUGGCCGGAGAGAAAAUUCCAAAUGGGCGCCAGUGAUGGCAUCUGGUGAGAAGCGCAGGUGCGCUCCCACUGAGUUGACCCCGACGCCCUAG